GAAUUGGUUUCUUGCCUAUAGUACACAACCUUUUCUAUCCUAAACACUAUUUCAUCUGUAUUUAUUUCCUUAAUGGCUACAUUAAAUUUAUUCCUCAUCCUCAUAAGACAGUGUCAUAAGACUUUCCUGAAAAUCAAAUGCUGUCUUCCCAAGAGCACUGUGUUGCAUCUGUGCUCCAGCACAAUAGUAGCAAGCUCACGCCCAUCACCCUUCCUCUUUGUAUUACUGUGGAGGAGUUGGUGGCAGGCAAAUGCUGCUGGUCUUGGUACUAGCAUGAAUGGUAUGGCACAAGGGCCCAUUGUUUGGCCUCUGACAUUGCCCUUCUGCAUUGGGAGGUGCUGAGCCCUGCAUGUCCUAGGUCUCUCUUUAAAAGAUGUGGCUGGGAUAUUACCAUUCAUAUAAUCCAUCUGCCUCUUCCUAAGAAUUGCUCCUGUCGUUGCCCUUCUCCCAAGGAUAACCAACCAGCAAAACUAUGUGCAACAAAUUUGUGGGAAGCUGGAAACUCAUCUCUAGUGAAAAUUUUGAUGAUUACAUGAAAGAAUUGGGAGUGGGAUUAGCCACUAGGAAACUUGGUAACUUGGCAAAACCUAAAACCAUCAUCAGCAUGAAGGGUGAUGAGGUCACAAUCAGAACAGAAAGUACCUUUAAAAAUACACAGAUCACAUUUAAGUUGGGUCAAGAAUUUCAAGAAACCACAGCAGAUGGCAGAAAAACCAAGACUGUUGUAACCUUAGAAAAAGGAGCGCUGGUUCAAGUGCAGAAAUGGAAUGGAAAGGAAUCAACAAUAAGGAGGAAAUUAAUUGAUGGAAGAAUGGUGGUGGAAUGCAUCAUGAAAGGCGCCCUGUGUACAAGAGUUUAUGAGAAAAUGUGACAAAACUUGAAGUUUAUACCAGAUGAGACCAAUCUCCACAUCAUGUCCUUGAGUGGCCAAGGAAUUGCCAUUUCUGUUCAUCUUUUUCCCUUUUACUGGAGAGCAACUAAACUAUAAGUAUUCAUUAAAAAAAUUAAGAAAGUAGAUCACAUUUGAGACUAAAUAAAUGCUUACCAUUGUAUAAAUGUGUAAUUUCAGUGAAAUUAAACAGCUGCAUCUAG